AUGACAAUGGACACCGAUACACCAGCUACUCUCAUGUCGCAGAUGGAUCUGCAGAGACUAGUAUUGACCAUGCAACAGGACAUCUCUGCCCACAACAGUGCUUUGCAAGAGCUAAAUGCCUUGAAAACCACUAUUUUGAAUCUCCAAAAACAAAAUGAAUCCCUGACCCAAGAGAAUGAGCGUCUGCGUCAGCAACUCAACUCUCAACAAGGUUCCACAACCACUCAAGCGCAACCCAAAUCAGGUAUUCAACAGCAACCCAAACCUCAUUCUUCAGCUACUCAAUCCACGCAACAAGCACCCAAUGCCACCAAAAAGACUCCCAACAACUCUUGGACCGAAGUAAUCAAACGUUCCAAAAAGGUUCGCAACCCUGCCGAUGUAACUGACAAACAUCGCCAAGCUAUUACUCGUGGUUUUAACUUGGCUCCUGAAGGGCCCAAAGGCUACACAACGGUGUACUUUAACCGCUCUCGCCGCUUCACUCGCACUGAAGUCCGCAACAACUUGCAUCUGAUCAAAGCUGAUGCUUCUCGUAUCAUUGAUGUAACGUUCCCUGCUAGAAACAUCAUUGGCGUCCUAGUCCAUUUGCAAUACAAGGACAACCUCGUCUCCAUUCUCACCAAGAACAACAUCAAUGUUGUGGAAGGCUUUGAUCCUACUGAUCCCAAACACCUCGCUGACCCCAAGUUUAAAGAGAUGUCCCUCUCUAAGCGUGAGGAUGCUGCCUUUGACCUGCAAAUCAAUCGUUGUGCCAAGUCUCUUGUCUACCUUGCCAAUCGUCGUUCUCGUCUUUUUGCUUCUGUUGCUAAUCACUUUUUGGAAAAUGGUUGGACCACCACUGAAUACAUUGAUUCUGUCGCCCCUGUCAAUAACAUCUUUGGCUCUUCUGGUUUCAAGAAAAGCUUUGGCUCAUCUGAUGUUGACAUUCAUUAUACAUCCUCCUCGCUCCCUGACCAUCCUCUCUCUGCUUCUAAUCCGUCCUCAUCAAUACCAACUAUACUCAAUAACACUAUACCUACUACUCCUCCUCCUCCUACAGCUUUGGCUCCAGUCAUUAAUAGCGCUUCUCAACUCACUCCACUCACCAUUGGCCUCUGGAACGCUCGCGGUCUCAGAGAUACCACCAUUGAUGAUGUUCUCCGUUAUUGCCAAUCCUUCUCUGUGCUGUUCAUUACCGAAACAUGGCUGAACCGCCAUCCCAUCCGACUACCCACCAAUUGGCAGCAAUUCCACUUACCUGGCGUCACUGUCGCAGGCGGUGGUCGUGGCUCUCGUGGCAUUACAUGCUUAAUCAACCCUUCCUGUCCCCUUACAGCAUUCCAGACGCCUUUGCCCUCUGCUCUUCAAGAGUUUGCUUUGGGUAUUCAACUUGGUCGUGAACUUCGGCUCAUUUGUCUGUAUAUACCACCUGAGCAAGCGGAUCUCUAUACUGAAAAUGUCUCUUCCAUCCUGAAUGCGAUCCCGUUGGAUCAUGACACAAUCAUCUGUGGCGAUCUGAAUGCCCGCAUGGGUAGCUUUGUUGGUGACUCCUCUACAAAUAACCGUGGUCGUCUACUUCAAGAGUACUGUGCCGAUAAUCAAUUAAACGUUUUGAACUGUCAAUUAGCCCACUCUACACCUACCUUUGAGGACCGUCGUAGUGGGCGGAAUGUAAGUAGCAUUGUCGAUUACUACAUCUCAAAUGUAGAAUCACUUUCCUUUGCCUCUCUGGAUACCUCAUCUCCACCUUCUUCCUCCUCAAUUAGUAUUUACUCUGACUUGUCUUUGGGAUCUGAUCAUAAACUGAUGUCUCUGACGUUUGAUUACCACUCAAACGAACCUGCUCUUGCUAUGCCUGCUACGCCAUCACCAUCACCUCGUCUCCUAUGGAAGCUCUCACGUCUACAAGAAACGGAUGUACGCAAUUUGUAUGCACAACGCUUUACAGCCCUCUCUCAACCGUUGCUACAACAGCUGAUCUCGCUUGUGCGCUCACCACCUGAUACACAACCUCCAAUUGAUGCCCUCAACAGUGAUCUCACCAAUUGCAUAUAUCAGGCACUGGAUGAAUCCGUUACUCGGCAAUCCCAGCGACCCAACUUUUGGAAGAAAUUCUGGACCCUCGAUCUUCAACGGCUCUGUGAUCAUCGUGAAGCUCUCUAUCGUAAAUAUCGUCGUUGUCCCGCUUCAUUGGACAAGGCAUAUUGGUGGAAUCAACAUGUGGAAGCACAUCAAAAGUUCAAACAAGCCCUUCGUAGAGCUAAACAGGUUUCGUGGCACGCAUUCUGUGAAUCUUUAUUCAAGCAAGACUUUUCAAAGGCCAUGUCAAAAAUCAAGUUGAUCAAAUCCAGACGACAAAGACAAUCAGGGUAUCUACAUGUGGACGGUGCUCAAGCUGGUGCUAAUGCUAUGCGUGAUCACCUUGCUACCAUUUAUGCUGGAUCCAAUCUCCCAACAAAUCGACCUCCAUGCCCUUUUGCUACACAUGGUAGACAUCUGCCAUAUGGUGUUCCUCCUCCUCAAACUCUACCACAUGAUGACUCUGACCCAACACGUCGUGUUGUCUCAGCAUCGGUCCACAACGAAGCUUUUGACGAGAUUAUUAGUAUUGACCAUAUCAUUCAGCAGAUCAAGUCGUUGCCAUACCGUAAAGCACCUGGCCGUGAUUCAAUUCGUGGUGAAAUGCUGAAACCCAUUCAGAAACCACUUGCCACUGUUCUGUCAUACCUCUUUGCUCUGACCUAUCAAUGGUCUUACACACCAGCGGAUUGGCGUCAUGGUAAUGUUUGUAGCAUCUACAAGAAGGGGCCUGUCACGGAGGCAUCAAGCUUUCGGCCCAUCUCAUUGACUAGUACACUGAGAAAACUCUUUGAAAUGUGCCUUGCUCCCCUUGUCCUCACCAUUUCACCACCAUUAGAUGUAGCCCAGAAUGGUUUCCGAUCCGCAAGAAGUGCACUUGAUAGUGCUCUUAGUCUCCAAGACUUAAUGAAAGUCUACCAGAACCAACACUACCACUGGCCAACUGUGUGCUUCCUUGAUAUCAAGAGUGCCUAUGAUGUUGUUGAUCGCCGUGUGAUCUGGAAUUCGCUGCUCUCUGCCAAUGCUCCAAUGCCACUUGUCUCAUUGCUCUCCAAUUUGUUUGACGAUGUUUCCAUUUCAGUGCUGAAUCAGCAAUGCGUGUCCCAAGAACUCUCACUGCAUACUGGAUUGCUUCAAGGCUCCACCCUUAGUCCCCACUUAUUCAGUAUCUUUAUCAACUCACUGCCAGCUUUGUUGCGUCAAGCUGCAUCGUCCUCCACCACUCGUGUCAUGUCAACAUCACCAUCAUGUGCUCCCUCUCCUCUUUGGUCCGUCAUAACACCCACUCAUGCUACUAAUAUUGCUAUUAAUGCUUUAUUAUAUGCUGAUGAUGUUGCUAUUCUAGGUUCUGCUCGUGAAGUAAAACAGAUGCUGACACUAGCUGAAUCACAUUCCCUUGCACUUGGGUAUCGCUGGGCUCCUGCCAAAUGUGCUAUCAUCAAUCCACCGUCCUCCACCUCAUCUACCUUUGUUGACCUGACCUUGUAUGGAGAAUCUCUUCCUGUUGUCGAUGAAUUUGUGUAUCUCGGUAUUCCAUUUGACCGCAAGGGCAUCUGCACAGCAUCUAUUGUCAAGAAAUGUCAGCGUGGUACCAUGGCUUCGAUGGCUCAGCUUAACUCCAUUGGAUGCAAUCGUUCUGGCUUCCCUCUGCUCUUCUCCACCAAAUUGUAUGCUUCAUUCAUCAGACCCAAACUGGAAUAUGGUAUUGGCAUUGCCAAUAUGCGUGUUGCUGAUUUCAAGGCUCUUGAAAAGGUCCAAGAUACGUGCCUCCGCAUGAUAUUUGGUGGCCAUCGUGCUGCUUCCACCAUGGUGUUUCGACACAUGACAAAUCUGCCUCUGAUGCGACAACGUGCUGCUAUACUGGUGACUCAAUUCUGCUUGCGCUCACAAUUCCUCCCAGAAGAUGGCCUGCUGAUACUGCUCUCUGAUUCUCUACCUGGUUCAUCUUUGAAAAGAUUAAAAAAGCAACACAUGGCUGCCCGCGCGCUUGAUGAAGUACCUUUUGCAAAUCAACGUCACAUGAAACAAUGGUUCCUUGCUGAACGCCAACAUUGGCACGCUGAGUUCCUGACAAAAACAGACAUGGUGCUGAUCCGUGCUUGCCGACCCACUAUUGGCAUUGAUCCUGUUAUGUAUGUACCUGCCAGUCGUCCUUGUCGUAGUCGUCUUAUUCGUUAUAGAAUGGGAUGGCUUCCGGGUAAGCCACGACCUUGUGCAUGCAAUGAAGAUCAUACAUCCCGUCGCCAUCUACAUGAAUGCCCCACUUUGCCACCUACUUUGCUUCUGUCUCUUCCUGUUCCGCCUGCUGACUUCACCGGCACCAUCAUUGACCAUGCUUUGAACUUGAUUCCAUCCUCCUCAUCUCCUUCCAACUGUCCACCCUGGUGGUCUGAUCUCUGUACCUUGCUGUGGCAUUUUGACCAGCUCUGUAAUCCCGAUGGCGAUUACACAACGGAUCCAGUUCCAGGACAAGUGUGGGCUUCCCCGGCCUAA